CAAAAAUUCCUUGUCCUUAAUGGACAAAUUUCAUGCUUUGGUAAAAGAAAAAAUUCAACAAAAUUUUUGCGAGCCGAAUGAUCAUUCACGCGCAGAUGCACGGCCUACACAAGAAGUACAAGGUGCAAGCAUAAGCACCACUACCGAGGUUGAAGUGUUGGCUACUUCUGAACAAAACGUGUUGGUUACUUCUGAACAAAACUGUAUAUUAAUUCCUUCAUAUGCUUGUCGAACAAAAAAAGAGCAAG